CGCCAGUGUGCCAGUACACGCAGCGUACGUCUGCAGGUUGGUAACGCAUCAAGCAGACGCGCGCACGAACCGGUUUUAAAUAAAUUGCGAAUCGCGAUAGUGAUUUUACGCUUUCUUAAAAUAAAUAAUACACUGUUCGAUAAAUCAAAUUUUUACCGUUCAUGUGUUAUUUUAAUCGUUAACACAAUAUAUGUUUUGGUGAAUUAAAAAAAUUCAUUCUAUAACUGAAUUAAAUAAAAGUGUUUGUGCGCGUGCAUAUCGGAAUGGACGCGAAGGAGCAGCUAAACAAGAAUCAAAAUGGCGACGCCGACGCUCUCGAGAACAUUCUGUCGCACGUCGGCGACAUGGGUCGCUACCAGAAACUGCUGUUCUUGGCGAUGAUGCCGUUUGGACUAUUUUUCGCGUAUAUCUACUUCGUCCAGAUGUUCAUAGCUGCGACCCCCCAGAGGCACUGGUGCAGGGUUCCCGAGCUUCAGCACUUGGAUAUGGAGUUGAGACGUAAUCUCUCGGCUCCGGGCGCGGUCACCGGUGACUGGGACCGAUGCAGCACGUACAAGACGAAUUGGACCAGAGUACUGGAGACCCUCACGCCACCUGACCCCGGGACACCGACGGUGCCCUGCGAGAACGGGUGGGAUUUUGAGCUGACUGAUAUACCUUAUCAUACUGUAGUUAGCGAAAGAGGAUGGGUGUGUGAGAAGUCCGGAUACGCACCCACAGCUCAAGCCAUAUUUUUUGCUGGUUCAUUUGUCGGGGGUCUUUUGUUUGGAUGGAUCGCCGACAACUUCGGAAGAGUUCCAGCACUGAUAGGUUCGAAUCUAGUCGGCAGCAUUGGAGGUAUAGCAACGAUAUUCACAAGUGGAUUGUGGGACUUCAUAGCGUGCAGAUUUUUAGUCGGAAUGUCCUUCGACAACGCAUUCAUGAUGAUAUAUAUUUUAGUACUAGAAUACGUCGGUCCCCGGCAUCGUACCUGGGUGGCGAAUAUGUCGAUAGCCUUGUACUUCGGAACUGGUUGCCUGACGUUACCCUGGCUGGCUCUAUGGAUGGGUGACUGGAGGAAGCUGCUCUGGCUGACGUCGCUGCCAAUGCUGAUAGUCCUCUUCGUGCCUUUCGUCGUCCCCGAGAGUGCGAGAUGGUUACUAACAAGGGGCCGAGUGAACAAAGCUGUUGAGAUACUAAAGACGUUCGAACGCGUCAAUGGCACUAAGAUACCUGACGAUGUCAUGGACGAUUUUGUUGUAUCGGCGCGUCAAACUAAGCAAGAGAGAGAGUCCCUGAUAAUAUUAUUCAAGAACGGCCCGCUCCGCAUCACCAUGAUUCUGAUGGUGGUCGUCUACAUGGUGUGUGCGGUUAUAUUUGAUGGUCUGGUGCGGCUGUCCGACGCAUUCGGCCUGGACUUCUUCAUAACAUUCACAUUUACGUCGGCUACGGAGAUCCCUUCAGUUACAUUUGUAGCACUUCUACUUGACAGAUGGGGACGUAGAGUUCUGACGUGCGGUCCUAUGGGAAUAUCCGGGCUCUUGAUACUGAUCGCGAUUUUUGUUCCCAAAGGCAUCGCCCAAGCUGCACUGGCCGUAAUGGCGCGGUUCUUCAUCAACAUGUCGUACAACGCUGCGGUCCAGUGGGUCACGGAACUGCUGCCUACCGGCGUCAGGGCGUCGGGAUCCUCAGUCCUGCACAUGAGCGGCUACGUCGCUAUAGUGCUCUCACCUUUUAUUGUCUAUUCGGAACGUGUUUGGACCCUGCUGCCGCUAGUUAUCCUGAGCGUGAUAGCUCUGGCUGGCAGCGGUGUCGGCAUCGUGUUGCCGGAGACCAUGGGCAGAUCCAUGCCGCAGACCAUGGCCGACGGCGAGAGGCUCGUCAGAGAUUAUUCGUUAUGCUGGAAACCAAAGUCGGAAAGCUCAGAAACAGGUCAAUGGAAAAACGAAAAGGAAAAAACUCAUCCUUUAGUAUAGAAACUCCUUCCAGUUCCCGAAGGGAAGGAACUUCCGAGGGGGCGUGUUUACGGACACAAAUGAACCGCGGUGAUCAUUAAGGUUAAUUUUACUCAACGUAUUGCGUAUUAAUAAUAAAAAUAGAUAAAUAAUCAUUGUAGUGCAUUUACUUUUACGUAAUUGCAAGCUUGUUAUGCAGUUAUAGGGAAAAUGUUCGAACUCUAAGUGCGAACUUUGCGUUUGUGUGGGUGUGGGUCAAUGACAUCAGAUAGUAAAAAUACAAAUACAACUUAAUAACGGGUAUUUUAUUGUUAAUUUGUAUUUUUGUAUUUAUUAGCGUAUGUGGGUAGGCCGUCGGACGGUAAGCCGUUACCGGGGACCGUACUUUUUUUUUUCUUUUUUUUUUUCGGGCCGAGGGCCGAACCUCCUACGAGGUCCCCGCGCCUAGGGGGCGCGCGGGGUAUGUGAGACUUAACGAUCUGCAGGUGUUGAGAGCAGAUCGCGGGCCCAAGGAUUUUAGGGCCCACCCACUAAACGACUCCCCUGCACUCUUACACCCGACGUCCGAUCUCCGUCCGGGGUCAGAACCUGGACAGAGUAGGGGGGUUCCCGCGGUCAACACUACAACCAGACACGCGGCGCCACCGGGGACCGUACUUGCCUUAACUCGAAUGCCGUCGCCAGUUUGAGACAUUAUAUAUAAAGGUUGGAGUAACAUGGUCACAUCCACCAUCGAGCUUUUCAGAUUCAAAAGCAUUAUUGUCAGGUCAUUGCUCCCGAAGUUCUAAGCUAUUAAUUCGAAUGCUUACUAAAAUCAAAUCUGUCAUACGUAAAGUAUAUCAAAGGCGUUUGCUUUGUUAAUACCAUCAGAACUGUGUGCUUAGUGCGAGUUUUUUAACUUCUCGAUCGCGUAAAAGUUAACUCGAAAUUAUAUGGAGUUGGAACAGCGCCCCUAGCGGCAAACGAAGAGAAGUUGCGCAGAACUUGCAAAGCACACUGAUGGCGUAGAUUAACUUCUUCCGUAUAAUUUUAGUAAAAAUUCAAUUUACUUUAGUACACACUCACACAAAAGCAAAAAAGGUUCAUCAUGUCCUUGAUUAAAUAAAAUUGUACGUUAAAAUAAGAAUUCUAUGGUCGUUUUUAAUGUAUCAAGUAAUAACGAUAUCUUGUAGAUGUGAGGGUAAUCGUUCCCCGCGCUGCCUUUGAAUCUUUAAAAGAAAACCUUCAAUAGCUUUAAGCACGCCUUCCAUUAUUAAUAAAAUUGUAUUAAUAAUAACGUCAAUUAAUUUGUUAGAAUUGUAAUUUUAAGGUAUUUAGGAUACUUUUUUAUUAAGCCAUUAUUUUUCUUUUCUUAUUGUCAUCGUGUCUAAAACAAGAUGUUUUUAAAGAGAAACUCAUAGGCUAUAAAUAGUGCGCUAAUAAAUUAAAAUGAAUUGUGGCGUGACAGGGUUUCGUCCAGUGUGAAGUUAUUUCUGGCUAUAUUAUCUUACACACAUAUACAUCAUGAGUUUGGGAUUUCCCCCCAAUAGAUGGCGCUGCUCGAUUUGUCUGAAUCGUGCAAUUGUCCCCACGGAGUGAAUUUUCUUGGUUUUUUUAAAAUAAAUACCUAAUAGGUAGAUAUUGUUACGUUUUUAUGAGUUAAUAUUACACACUCGGUAAUUACAAAUCUAAAAGUCUGGGAUCCAAGUUUCUGAAAACAUUGAUCACUAGUGCAAAAGUAGCAACAUACUGCAAAUACACCAGUAAACAUAUUCUCAGUCGCUUAUUAAUUAAAGUGACCGGAAUUACUAAUAUUAUUUGUCAUUGUUUUUGUUUUUUUGUUUACCGUUCUAGUUAGGUUUCAAUAUCUGACCUUUUAGCUCUUUCACAAUGGUGGAUUAAUGAAGUACCUACGUUUAAAAUUAAAAUCCUAAAAUUUAACGGUGCGUAAAGGACGACUUUUACGUUGAUAGGUAUCUAUGGGCUCUGGUAAAAGUUUAACAUCAGAAGGACCGCGAGCUCAUUACUUAAUCUAGAGAUAAAUAAAUCUAUACUACUGGUAUAUUUACAGUUGAGAUUUUAAAUUUCUUAAAACAGUAACAGUUAAGCAUCACUACAUAGUAUAAAACAAAGUCGCUUUCUCUGUCCCUAUGUAUGCUUAAAUCUUUAAAACUACGCAACGGAUUUUGAUGCGGUUUUUUUAAUAGAUAGAGUGAUUGAAGAGGAAGGUUUAUAUGUAUAAUAACAUCCAUUAAACAGUGGAGAAAUCAAUAAUAAAUUACAGUUUCCGAAGCGAAGUGAGGGCGGGUCGCUAGUACCUGAUAUAAACUAGUUUCAAAUAAAAUAUACAAUCUUAAAGUAAUGUAUGUUGUUUACUUUAUAAGUGGCGAUAAACUAUUCUACUGGUUUCUUAACACAUUGCGCAAACCGUCUAUAGCCAAUCUAUAGACUGUUUGUGCAAUGUGUUAUCUCUAUUAAUGCGUAUAAAGCGCGGAGCGUCGUAAUACAGACUAUUGCGCAGUUUGAUUAUAGGCACUAGGUAUCGAUUUUUACGGACGUGUUAAUAACACUUAUAAAUAACAAUUAAAACUAAAUUUUUCUGUGAAUUUAGCUAUGAUUUUAGUAAUUUUUUUUUUCAAUUAAAUAAAGUUUUUGAUAGAAUACUUUUUUCAGUAAAUCCUAUAGAACUUUCUCCAAAAUAUAUGAAAAUGAGGUCAGCACUAAAAAGGUCAACGUACUUGGGAAGGUAUAUAUAAAGAACUAUGUGCUUAAAUUCUUAUCCUUAUAAUUCUUUAUAGAUUAUCUGUCUUAUAUUUUGUAAAAAAAUGUAGUGGAGCCUACGAUUAAUGUACAACUUUAAAAAAAUGCCGAAAUAAGUUAAAUUAAUGACGAAUAAUUAUCAUAACGAAUGCGGUCCAACCGGUCUCUCACUCAAAUAUCUAUGAUAAGAGAGAUAAAGGUAAUAAAUCAGUGUGGUCUAAUGUUAUUACUUUAUGCGGGAGAGUUUCCAUCAAGCUUUUACUGGUGGUAGGAGGUUUUGUGAGAGCACAUCGGUAGGUACCACCACCCUGCCUAUCUCUGCCGUGAAGCAGUAAUGCGUUUCAAUUUGACAGGUCCGGCAGCCGCUGUAUUUAAAAACGGAGACUUAGAACUUGUGUCUGAUGGUGGGUGGCGCCAUUUACGUUGCCGAUGUCUAUGGGCUUCGGUGACCACUUCACACUAGACGGGCCGUCAGUUUGUUAAACCUUAUGAGCAAGAAAUGGUUGUAUGUGCGAAUGGCCUAUUUUGGGUAUGGAAAUCGGUUGUUUUCUUAACACAAACAUUUGAUUGUAAAUUACAUACUAUCAUAGAAUAUAUGGCUAUGUGUACAUUGGUUUUCCAUAUGCAAAUUUGUUUUAUUGUUUUGCGAAGACAUACAAGCUUAUGGUCCACUAGAUACAUAUGUACAUGUAGGUACAUAUAUUUAUACUUUUUAAUUAGAUAUAUACUCGUGCCUUCGCUUAUCAUCCUCAAAGUUAGGGGCCCAGCUAAUCCGCUUUCUAACUCUAAGUACUCUUUCCAAAUCUCUUCUGAAGAAAAAUAUGUCAAGACAGAUAGUAUCGGGACCAUGAAAUGUGAUGAUUAGCGCAGACGUAGUUCAUUCCAGUGGCAGGAGUGAAACGGUAAGAAAGGUGAUAGGCACGUAAAGCUUUUAAAAUAACUGUCUCAUAGGUAUCGACAGGGUCGUGAUUAAUCAAAAUAAGAUUAUGAAUUUAAUUCCUUUUAAUUUUUAUUUUAAGUACGCAUGCCUUAAGGACUGAGAUUUUGUGAAGUAGGUACGUAUGUGUAUGUAUCGAUCUGUUAUAUGGACAUCCAAGAUUAUCUUGGUAGGUAAUCGAGUUAAGGUAACAUGGAGUCGAUCGCCUGUUUCUUCAUUUUUGAAUGCUAAAAGAUAUAUUUAAAAUUAAUUUUACUGUUUAGUCUUAUUAUAAAACUUUCGUGGUGACGGUCUUAUAUUAUAUAAACGUCGAGAAUAAAAUAGUGAGAACAAUAAAAAUACAAGACUAAACCGUAAAAGUUGUUUUAAAUGAUGUCUGCAGUACAAAAAAAUUUUGAAAGAUGUUUGGACGGUGUUAUAGCCAAACUCAGAACUUGUGUAUCCUUUUCUAUGUAUUAUAAAUAUAUUAAAGCUACAGAGCUUCAAGCUACUUAGUAUGUUGUAAGGUUUUUAAUUUUACAAAUACAUGUUUAGCAUAUCAAUAUUUUUAGGUUAUAUUGAAUAAGACGACCUGAACAUUGUUCAAGUAAUACUAAAAGUAUUGUACAAAUGUUUUUAAUAAAUGAUAAUUUUCUAAUUA